UUGAAUUUAAGUGUCCUGAGCAUUUAAUGGCAAUACAAAUCUAAACCUCCUGUCGAUCUCAAAUCAUACUCGCAUCGUUGAGCUGGCAAAAUUGCAAACAAUAGAAAUUCAAAGUACACGAGAUGACGGAAGUGUCAGAAAGGAGCGAGGGCCAUGGCAGCAAGCACCCUGGUAAGGCGGGUGACAAUGAGACAAUGGGUACCUCAUUUUUCGAUAUCCUUUGGCCGCUGAUUUUGGAUGAGAAUACUUGCCACAUUGAAAGCCAGUCGGAGGAGUUCUUCAUCCCGAAGAAGCCCUUCGACAAUCUCAAGUGGCACACCUACUUGUCGCAAGUGGGUUUCCCAUCGUACAUGGCACCACAUGAGCUGCGCUGCUGCGAGGCGGCCAAAAAGGAGGAGGCUGAGGAGGAGGAGGCCCGAAAGGAGGCCAACAAGGAGGCGGAGGAGCGCAAGGUCACGGCCCAGUGCGAUUUCUUGGCGCGGGGAUCGCAGGCCAUACGACGCGUGGACAACGAGGUCAACUACCUAAGGGAGCAACAGGAACGACGCCAGAAGCUGGCCUACGACUUUGCCAAUCGUCGCUACCCCUGGACCAUGCAAACUCCCAGCCAUGAGCUCGGCUUCGAGAUGACAAGCGAAGUGCAGAACUGCUUCCGACCCAACAUGGAGCUGCACAUUCUUCAGGCCAUUCACGACCACAAUUGCAACCUAAUGAUGAUCGACGUCGGCUCAGAGGUGGAGCUUGAGGACUGCCAGAGGUGGAUAAAGUAUCGUCCUUACAUCCAGCUGCUGGCCUUGGUGCGUACCCCACAAAUGGAGCGCUCCUUGCAGCUUCUAAACGUGUUCCAUACCCUGUUGGUGGAGGAGUCAGCGGAGAACACGUGGCACGACGAGCUCCUCAGCUCCCUCCGCAGCGGCUAUUCCCAUGCCCAGAAAGUCCAACUCCUCAAAUCCUGCGGCGAGCCUUUGGUGUUCGUUUUCUGCCGUUAUCGAGGCAUUUGUACUUGCGACACUUACAAAAUACUUCGCCGGCUGUAGAGAAUACUUUUAACAAUGAUUGCAAAAAAAAUGUGAAAAUGCAAAAAAAAUUGAUCAGUUAAAACAAAAAGUGCAAAAAGAAACUAUACACAAAAAACUCCAUUCACUUCGAAAAAAUUUUAAUUUUCAAAAUUAAAAAGAAAGUUAUAUCAAUAAAGUGUGAUCUUAAACAGA